AUGGGGGUGAAGAAGUAUGCAACGGUGGAGGAAGCUGUAUUAUGUGUUAGGAGAAGAAGAAGACAUCGGGUGCGUAUUCUGAAUGAGAUUGAAGAAGAGCUGAGUAACAUUCGUAGCAGGCUUGAUUCAGGGAGUAAAGAUGUUGGCGUUUGGCAAAGAAAGUCGGGUUACAAGCAGAGGUUUUCUACUCAAGAAAUUUGGAAGCAGUUGAGAGUAAGUAAACCUUCUUGUGCUUGGGCUAAAGGUAUAUGGAUUUCACAAGCUACUCCGAAAUAUGCAUUUAUAGCAUGGUUAGCUUCACUGGAUAGAUUGUCUACUCUAGACAGAGUGACUAAAUGGAGUAGGGGGCUUGACGAAACCUGUGUGCUUUGUAAGUCUGCAAAGGAGACGAAAGACCAUCUUUUUUUUGAGUGUACUUACUCAACUCAAAUCUGGGAGUUUAUAGUUAAAGGUGUUAUGGGGAGUUCUUAUACUAAUCGAUGGGAAGAGAUUAUGGUAGUAGUUUGUGACACAUCGAGAGAGAAGAAGAGUCUCUUCCUUAUCAGGUACUCUCUUCAAGCGGUUCUUUAUGAAGUGUGGAGAGUUCGCAACAAAGUUAGGCAUGGUGAGAAGUUAUUGCCUUUGCUAGUCAUUAAAAGAAUGCUUGAUAAGGGGAUCAGAAACAAAAUCAGUAUGAUGCGUAAGAAAAGGCUCAAAGGGAUGGAAGAUAUGAUACAACUUUGGUUCAGUUAUAGAAUGUAA